AUGGACAGCCGAGAGUUCACAUGGCUUACAGAGAUGCUCUUUUAUAACAAACCGAACAAAACCUCUAAUAAAAUAUUUAGUUCGUUGAGAACUGUAAAAGACGUCAUAUUGCUAUCUGGGGAAGCGUUAUUAAUGACACUGCUGUUAGGAGCUCAGCAAUCUUUCCCCUGGACGACUAUAACAGCAAUAUUGUCUCUCAUUAAUACUUUAUUCGGAGAUAAAGUGGUUUCAGCAUCAAAGUAUCAACUUUUUAAAACAUUACAGCUUAAUGAUAAAAUGAUUUCCGAUCAUAUGUUUUGUAAUGACUGUUUGUUAUACAUUGGUACUCAAAAGGAUUCAAAUUCUAAAGACUUGAAGUGUGCAACUUGUGGAAUAGAGGAUAAUCGAUCAAAUAUUUCAUUUUUUAUAACUUUAGACAUGGAAACACAACUUAAAAAAAUUUUACAAGACAAAGAAGUUCAAGAAGCCCUACGUGACCAUUUUGAAGGGAAAACGAAAAAAUUGGACAAUAAUAUUAUAGAAGGCAUUACUGACGGAGAAAUUUACAAGAAAUUGUCAACUAAAAAUAAUCCAUUGUCUGAUAAUUUUAAUUUAACAUAUACCUUUAAUACAGACGGAUGCCAGGCGUCAAAAUCUAGCAAAAUAUUAACCUGGCCCAUAUAUGUCAUCAUAAACGAAUUACCUUCAAAACUGCAGACGAAGCAUAUGGUUAUGUGUGGUCUGUGGAUUAAUGAUAAAGAACCAAAUAUGCAAACAUUUUUGAAACCAUUUGUUGAUGAAGCAAACAAAUUAUCAGAUGAAGGUUUUCAAUGGAAUUAUAGAGAUAGUAUAGUUAUCAGCAAAUUCAUCCCAGUCUGCUCUGUUGUUGACUCAGUAGCAAGAUGUAAGCUACUAAAUAUGAAAAAGUUUAACGGUUUACAUGGGUGUACGUUUUGUGAGCACCCUACUGAAUCUGUUGAUGGAUAUAGGAAGUACACAUUAUCUACAACAAUUCCUCCAGAU